AUGCUGCUCUCUGAAUUUGACCUGAAGUUCAUCUCUCAGAAGUCAAUUAAGGGACAGGUUAUCACUGAUCAGUUGGUCGACGCUCCCUCGAGCAAAUCUUUUCCCACCCUUGACCUCUUCCCCGACGAGGACGUCUUGAUCAUCGAUCAAGACCCUAUUUGGGACAUGUAUUUUGAUGGUUUAAGAUGUCAAACUGGCUCCGGAGCAGGUGUAAUCUUUGUCUCACCUGAAGGAAAACCGGUUCCCCUCUCAUUCUGCUUGGAAUUUCAUUGCACUAAUAACAUUGCUGAGUACGAGGCCUUGAUCGUAGGAUUCCGUGCCGCGAUUGCCAUGGGUGUGAAGCAUAUCCACAUCCAUGGAGAUUCCAAACUCAUUGUAAAUCAAGUGACAGGUGCCAAUUGUGUGAAACAACUGAAGUUGCCUCAGUAUAAGGAUUUAGUCUUGACUAUACUGAAGCAAUUCGCUGCUUACAUGAUCGAUAGCAUCUCUCGGAGAGAAAAUUAUCACGCAGAUGCAAUGGCAAGCGUGGCCUCCCUUGUAGGCCCCGAUUUUGGCCAGGAUGAGUACUACUUUGUGACCAGAAGCUUUCCCGAAGACGCUAGUAAAAGUUCGCGUGUGCGAAUUCGGAAAUUAGCUACCCGUUAUAUCCUCCUAUCCGAUGUAUUAUACUGGAGAUCAUAUAAUGGUCUUCUUUUGGGAUGUUUAACAAAAGCCGAGAUCCCUGUGGCCCUUCAGGAAGCCCACUCGGGUUCUGGAGGUGGUCAUUUUGGUGGUAAAUCUUUGGCGCACAAACUUAUUCAUAUGGGGUACUAUUGGCAUACGAUGGAGCAAGACUCCUUCGCUUUUGUCAAGAAAUGCCCUCAAUAUUACUUCACGAAGUGGGUCGAAGCGGUAUCAUUGCGUUCAAUUACCGCUGACAUGAUUUGUGGUUUCAUCAUGGAUAACAUCAUAUCUCGAUUCGGUAUACCUGUUACCCUCAUUUCUGAUAAUGGUACGUCGUUUAAGAACAAGGAGGUCAAGCAGUUCCUUGAGAAGUUCUGCAUUCAGCAUCGCUUUUCCACUCCUUACUAUCCACGUCCAACGAUCAAGCGGAAGCAUCUAACAAAACCAUCGAGCAGAUCUUACGCAAGACUGUCACUAAGCAUGCUGGAGUUGUUAGAUGAGCACCGUUUGAAGGCCCUUCAACACCUCCAGGCUUAUCAAAAAUCUCAAUCUCGCCAGUAUAACCAAAGUGUGCUUCCCAGAACAUUCCAAAUAGGUGACUUGGUCCUCUAUGAGAACCAGAGAAAUGUCAAUACGCCACCCGACCAAUGCGGAAAGUUUAGUCCGAAUUGGUUAGGUCCUUACAUCGUCACUUCUGUGUAUGGUUCUGGUGCCUAUGGUUUAUCUUCCAUGGAUGGCACUCCUCUGAAAGAGCCUAUCAACGCUGCGCACCUGCGUCGAUACUAUGCAUAG